GCGACCCUCUAGUUAUCACUUCCCCUCUGAGCCAUCCACAAGCUCACCCUCGCCCAGGUAAAAGAAUGGAGUUCCGCAGAAGGUUCCAUACUCUGCUGAUUAUGGCGUGUUCUACGACCUACAUAUGCAUCAUUUUCCUCAAUGUCGGAGGACGUUACUACUCGAAGCAGCGACAGGACAAGGGCGAAGAGAAACUUUCACGUUCCCUCGAGAUGACCGAGAAAACAGAGAAGUUUUCAACUCCUGUCGAGGAAGUGGCGGAAACAGACACCCAAAGGAAGAGGGUACGCGUGUGGGUGUUGGCGGGCUCGAUGGGCCGCAGCGGCACGAGUCUGAUGGGGGAGCUGAUGGCGCAAGAAAAACCUUCGAUAUAUCUCUUUGAACCAGGGCUGUUUGUGAGAGCUUCCACUGGUACCAAGGUGACAGAGGUACAAGGGAUACCUUUCCUGCGCGAUAUGUUCGAGUGCCGUUUCUCGGAGCCCUUCAUUGAGUGGCUGUACACCCGCUCCAAGGGCAACGUUGUGCGCCACCCGAUGACUCACCGGUGCAAGUCAGCCCGCGAGUGCUUCACCGUCGACUCCCUCAGCAGAAAAUGUCUUCAAGAGGAGCUAAUGAUAAUCAAGGUAAUUCGCUACCGCAUCAGAUGGCUGAAGGAGAUGCUCAGUGACGAGAAUUAUGACAUGAAACUCGUCUAUAUGAUACGUGAUCCCCGAGCGUCUCUGCGUUCAAUGUGGGCCCACCUCCUCAAGUUGAGCCCAAUGGAAGCGUGUCCACUGAUUGAAGACGACUUAGCGCAGAUACAAGAGUUGCAAGAAAAAUUUCCUGGCAGAGCUCUAAGACUCGAGUAUGAGAAUUUCUGUCUCGAUUCAGGAGCUGAGGCAAAGAAGCUGUGGCGGUUCCUUAGCGAUGACCCCAACGCAAAUCUCCCUCCGUUAUGGCUACGGUUCUUGGAGAAGCACACCCACAUGAAGAAAAGUAACAAAACCCCGGUGUUCGGCACGGUGCGGAACACGCGACAGGAGUACGAGGCAUGGCGCUGGGAAAUCAAGGAAGAUCUGCUCAACGAAACGGAAAAAUAUUGUUCCUCGGUCAUUUCUAAACUUGGCCAUCGACUGUUCGGGAGUUUGAGUGUUGCCAGAAAUGCCUCUUUAUCUCUUGCGACUGGUUAAUAAGGACACUUGUUAUUUAUACUAAAUAAUAUAUUAUCUCUGACAUAAGUCUAUUCUUUGCGUUUCUCCUCUCUUCAUACUCGACCAUGAAGCUACCAUGUUUUAGUCUUGGGAUUGGCUUACCCGAGUUCAUUGACUGUCAUUGUCUUUCAGGUCUUUUUCGUAUUCCUUUCGUCCAGUUCACCAAUCAUCUUCCAACUUGCACGUGGCUGCUUCUAUACACAAUGAGCUUCACAAAUGUUAAUGUCACUGUUUUUUAUUUUUCUGCAUACAUACGAUAGAAGAUCUAAACAGGAAUAUUCUAAACGUAGAGCUAAAGCUGAAUAAGAAAACUAAAGUUAUGUGUAACAGUUAUGCACAAAUUAUACAAAUAGUCAUGCAAGACAAACCCCAAGGAACAGUAAAUUAAUAAGUAUACAUGACAAAUAAUACAACCAAAUCCCUCUUGUGACCUGGAAAUAACAAGUCGAAUAAAGCUGGGAUGCAGUGCUUACGGAAAACAAUGUAACUUAUUGAGACUACUGUUAUACUUGAGGAAAAGUCAAUCAGCGAGUCCCCCACGUCGUGACACACGGAUGACAUGACACCGGCCAAGUCACUGGAAAGGAGACUGAGAAGCACCAGAAGAUGGAUGAAAAGAUCGAUGCUGGGUAUCACUAUAAUGAAUGAGAAAAAAAAAGCAAAUGAAAAAAAGAACAGACACAUGGAAGAGAUCAAAUUUGUUGCUCUUCGCUGAACACUUUAUUUAGCAAUGUUCUUCGCAUGGUGGAGAGGACAAAACUGUUCCGCGUAUUCUCGGUGAGAUCUGAAUUAUCAUUCUCGAAGGAGUUUAUGUUAACACUGGAUGAUUUAUUUUUAUUUUUUAAUGUUAAUGCUCUUGUAAAUACCUAACGGUAAUGUUUUUAUUAAGCACGGGAAAAAAAUCUCUCUCUCUCUCUCUCUCUCUCUCUCUCUCUCUCUCUCUCUCUCUCUCUCUCUCUCUCUCUCUCUCUCUCUC